AUGGUACUGCUGGGCCAGGAUGGGCUCCAAAAUAGAGACCCUGGAACUGGAGUUGUGACCAGUGUGCCGUCAGAUGCGCCGGAUGACAUCGCCGCUCUGAGGGACAUUAAAAGAAGCAGGCUUUGCGAGAGAAGUAUGGGAAUUCAAGAUUUUAUGGUCCUACCGUUUGAGCCGGUACCCAUCAUCGAGAUUCCAGGCUAUGGGAACCUGUCGGCUUUGGUUUGUGAUGAACUGAAGAUCCAAAGCCAGAAUGACAGAGAGAAACUGGCCGAGGCCAAAGAGAAAGUCUACCUUAAGGGGUUUUACGAGGGGAUCAUGUUAGUGGAGGGUUUUAAGGGACAGAAGGUCCAGGAUGUGAAGAAGCCCAUUCAGAAGAUGAUGGUGGAGAAGGGUGAGGCACUGAUAUACAUGGAGCCAGAGAAGCAGGUGUUAUCUCGGUCUGCAGACGAGUGUGUUGUGGCGUUGUGCGAUCAAUGGUAUCUGGAUUAUGGCAAUGAGGAAUGGAAAAGGCAAGCCAUGGGUGUCCUGGAGGCUCUGGAGACGUUCUGUGAUGAAACCAGAAAGAACUUUGAAGCAACGCUGGCUUGGCUUCAGGAGCACGCCUGUUCCAGAACGUAUGGGUUAGGAACCCGGUUGCCAUGGGAUGAACAAUGGCUCAUUGAGUCCCUGUCGGACUCCACCAUCUAUAUGGCCUACUACACCGUGGCCCAUCUCCUCCAGGGAGGGGUUCUCAACGGACAAGGACCCUCCCCACUGGGAAUCAGACCCGAGCAGAUGACGAGAGAGGUGUGGGAUUACAUCUUCUUCAAAACAACACCUUUCCCGAAGACGGACAUCCCGAAGGAGCACCUGCUGAAGCUCAGGAGGGAGUUUGAGUUCUGGUACCCUGUAGACGUGAGAGUUUCAGGGAAGGACCUGGUGCCAAACCACCUCUCCUAUUACCUCUACAAUCAUGUGGCCAUGUGGCCCAAAGACAGUGGAAAAUGGCCACAAGCAGUGCGUGCCAACGGUCAUCUUUUGCUAAACUCUGAAAAGAUGUCCAAAUCCACUGGCAACUUUCUCACUUUGAGGCAAGCCAUUGGCAAAUUUUCAGCAGAUGGUAUGCGUUUGGCUCUGGCUGAUGCAGGGGACACGGUGGAGGAUGCCAACUUUGUUGAGGCCAUGGCAGAUGCGGGGAUUUUGCGCCUCUUUACGUGGGUGGAAUGGGUGAAAGAGAUGAUCGCCAAUCAGGACAACCUGAGGACCGGCCCAGCGGACACGUUUAAUGACAGAGUGUUUAUUAGUGAAAUGAAUUCCGGCAUCAUUAAAACAGAUCAGCACUAUGAGCGAAUGAUGUACAAGGAGGCGUUGAAGAGCGGCUUUUUUGAGUUCCAGGCUGCUAAGGAUAAGUACAGGGAGCUGGCCAUCGAGGGCAUGCACAGGGAUCUUGUGUUCCAGUUCAUCGAGAACCAAACGCUCCUGCUGGCUCCCAUCUGCCCCCACCUGUGUGAACACACCUGGUCUCUGCUGGGAAAGAGCAGUUCUGUAAUGAAGGCUCGCUGGCCUACAGGCGGUCCAGUGGACGAGAUCUUGAUUCGAUCCUCACAGUAUCUGAUGGACACUGCUCAUGACCUCCGCCUUCGUCUGAAAGCUUACACCCAGCCAGCCAAGGGCAAGAAGGCGGACAGCAAACCACCAGCUAAGCCCACGCACUGCAACAUCUAUGUGGCGAAGACCUACCCACCCUGGCAGCACAGCGCCCUCUCUCUGCUGGGCAAACAUUACAAGAGCAACAGUGGAGCUCUACCUGACAAUAAGGUCAUCGCCACAGAGCUGGGUGCCAUGCCGGAGCUCAAGAAGUACAUGAAGAGAGUGAUGCCCUUUGUAGCCAUGAUAAAGGACAGCCUAGAGAAAAUGGGGCCCAGGGUUCUUGAUCUAGAGCUGGAGUUUGACGAGCGCACCGUCUUACUGGAGAACAUCGUUUAUUUGACUAAUUCUCUCGAGUUGGAUCAGAUAGACGUUGUAUUCGCCUCUGAAGCGGAUGACAAAGUAAAGGAGGACUGUUGCCCUGGGAAACCGUUCUGUGUCUUCAGAUCUGAGCCUGGAGUGUCAGUCUCACUGCUGAACCCUCAGCCAGCCAACGGCCUGUUCUCCACCAAGAUCGACAUCCGACAGGGAGACAGCAAAGACAGCAUCAUCCGCAGACUGUCACGAGUCAACAGAGCCAUCAAGGAUUUAUCCAAAGUGAAGCUUAUGCGUUUUGAGGACCCUCAGCUCGGACCGCGGAGAAUCCCAGUUUUGGGGAAGGAAGAGGAGGGGAAACUGCCCAUCUCAAACAGUUCAGUCUUCCACAUCAACCUGCAAGAAAACAAAGUUCAUUUGAGCGAUAACGGCCUGAAAAUGGACAUCGGGGACACUUUAAUCUACCUGGUCUAGCGACAUCUGAAACCGUUAUAUUUGUUUCUCUCGUCUGAAUCUGACAUGCAUCUGUAAACAAUGUUGUCCACAUUCACAAUGAAUCCCGAGGCGCUAGAUGAUUUGUAUUUGUAUAACAUACAUUAUUGAUUCAUAUUUGUUAUCUAGCUUUUUAUUAAGUAAAAGACCAAGAGGAUCUGAACAAUUAAUUCACUUAGUCUGAUAAGUCAUAUUUCGAGGUCCCUGCAAAUGACAUUUGAAGGUAUUGUUGUACGUUUAUAAUGUUUAUUUCUGUCUCUUUUCACGUCCUGAAUUUUAAAUUGUUUGCAUACGUCAGUGGCUGAAGCCUAGUAUAAGGUGUUUGAAAAGACAAUAAGUUGUGAACCAACUGUCUUUUCACUUUAAAACAUUAAGAAAGCAGUUUUCUCCCUGUUAAAUGACAUGUAUUCAAUGAAAACUUAAUAAAAUAAAUAUAGAUGCGAAUAAAAUUUACAUUUGUUU